CGAGCCCGAGGAGUGCGGCCCGUGGGAACCUCCUGAGGUUUAACGGGGACGAGUGGAAGGGUCGGGGCGACCCCCGGCAUCACCACAGGCUGGGGGGAUGGACAGAGGAAGAGCAGCCCUGCCGGGAAGGACAUGGGGGUGCUGGAAACAGUAGAGAAUGUCUUUUCGUGGAAGAGGAGGUGGAGGAGGAAGAGGAGGUGGCUUCAAUCGUGGAGGAGGUGGUGGUGACAGAGGUGGCUUUAACCGUGGCGGACGAGGUGGCUUUGGACGGGGAGGUGGAAGAGGAGGCUUCAACAGAGGAGGAUAUGACCAGGGCCCUCCAGAAAGGGUAGUUUUAUUGGGAGAGUUCAUGCAUCCCUGUGAAGAUGACAUUGUUUGUAAAUGUAAAACAGAAGAAAACAAGGUGCCUUAUUUCAAUGCCCCAGUGUACUUGGAUAAUAAGGAGCAGAUUGGCAAAGUGGAUGAAAUCUUUGGACAGCUGAGAGACUUUUAUUUUUCAGUGAAGCUGUCUGAGAACAUGAAAGCCUCUUCAUUUAAAAAGAUGCAAAAGUUUUACAUUGAUCCAGCAAAGCUGCUACCCCUUCAGAGAUUUUUGCCAAGGCCCCCUGGAGAAAAAGGUGCUCCCAGGGGAGGUGGUAGAGGAGGACGUGGUGGUGGACGUGGGGGAGGAAGAGGCGGUGGUAGAGGAGGAUUUGGAGGAGGCAGAGGUGGAGGAAGAGGAGGAGGAUUCAGAGGAGGUAGAGGUGGUGGAGGAGGAUUCAGAGGAGGAAGAGGUGGUGGAGGAGGCUUUCGGGGAAGAGGACAUUAAAAAUGGAGCCAUGAAGUAUCUCCUCAUUCAUAUCAUGCCAUCUGCAGUAGCAAAGAACCUUGAAAAAUUCUUGUAAAGGACCCUGAAAAUCUUUUUUAUAAAGAACUUGAAGCUACAAAUGACAAUUAUUUUUACACUUCAUGACUGUUGAUGGAUGCAUGAGGAGAGUGUAGCCCCAGGCGAAGAGCUGAAGACUGCUCAGAAUAUCUGUAAACUAAGCCAGGAUUCGAUGUUAUUCUUAAACUGUUUGUUUCUGACAAGCAGUGCAGUCAAUGCUUGACUCCAUGUUGGAGUUUGGAGUAAACAAUCAAUUGAAAUGGGUUCUCCAAAGACCUUACAGGUUCACUGCAUGCACAUACUUCAGUGUGAGCCUGUGCAUGACUGAUCCCUGGUCCUCAUCCUCCUUCUACAUCGAAUCUUCCGGGCUGCUCUGAAAUGGACAUGCUGUUUUAACAACCUUUGUGAACCUUUUUGUAUAAAUUAAAUUUCGAACUUC